AUGCGAGCUCAGCAGGUUUUAUGCCCAACAUUAACAGCAGCAUACGCUCAUCACUAUCGUGCGCCACGUAGAUUCGUCUCCUUAACUUACGCCUCUCUCCACCGCCACGGUUCUGCUCCGUUUCUCAAUCUCAGUCUCUUCACCGCCUUUCGUUCUCCUUUCUUCCGCAUGGAGAUAUGUCUUUCUGAUGAUUCCACCGAUUCGAUUUGUCAAGAGACUCUGAACUUUGAUUCAAUUCUCCUAGAGCAAUUCAAGAGUGGAGCUGGAUCGUCCGGGAAUAAAGCGAUGGUGGAAAAUCUGAAGCGAUUCGGUGUGGUAUCAUCAAAGAGAGUAGCUGAAGUUAUGGAGGCAUUAGAUAGAGGUCUCUUUGUACCAGCUGGAUCUUUGGCUUAUGAUGAUGCUCCCUUACCUAUAGGUUACAACGCCACCAUCUCUGCUCCGCAUAUGCACGCGACGUGCUUGCAGCUCUUGGAAGAUAAGCUCCAGCCCGGGAUGCGUGCCUUGGACGUUGGCUCAGGAACCGGGUACUUAACCGGCUGUUUUGCUCUCAUGGUUGGAGCCGAAGGCCGCGUUGUUGGCGUGGAUCAUAUCCCUGAACUUGUUGAUAUGUCUAUCAAGAAUAUCGAAAAGAGUGUGGCUGGUUCGUUGCUUAAGAAAGGAUCUCUGUCUUUACAUGUUGGUGAUGGAAGAAAAGGUUGGAGAGAGUUUGCACCGUAUGAUGCGAUACACGUAGGAGCAGCGGCGUCAGAGGUUCCUCAGGCGCUUUUGGACCAGUUAAAACCCAGCGGGCGAAUGGUGAUUCCGGUAGGUACUUAUUUUCAAGAGCUCAGAGUGAUUGAUAAAAGCGAGGAUGGUUCCAUUAAGGUACAUACUGAAACUUCAGUAAGGUAUGUGCCUCUCACUAGCCGUGACGAACAGAUAUGUGGAUUUUGA